AUGUCCCCUCAUAAAACCAAAGCAGCAAUUACAGUCCUGUGUCUGAUCUGCAGUUUCUGUAUAGCUGCAACACAGAAUAAGAGCUUGAUUUACAACUUCUCAGAAUUGACAGCUAGUGCUGAACUUGCCUGGACAGUGUCAAUCAUCAAGAAGCCCGGCCCAACUCCUGAUGCAGAAGAAGUCCUCGUCAACCCUGGAGGACCCGGUGGCUCCUCUGUCGCUAUGGUACUUUCAGAUCAUGCCGCCAUUGAGGCCAAGAUCGGCACUGAAUAUUCCCUGGUUGGUAUCGAUCCUCGUGGUGUCAACAACAGCGAGCCAACAAGCGAUUGCUUCGUUGGUUACCCUUUUCAAACACGCAAUGCGUUCCUCUCAGAUGCAAUUGGUCUUGCGGAUGUUACAUCAGAAACGAGUUUGAAGAAACAGCAUCAGUCCGCAUUAGCGUAUGGGAAGUGGUGCACGGGUAUGUACUCCGUAAAUGGUACUGCAAACUAUGCCAAUACGGUGGCUACCGCUCAAGACAUGCUUCACUACAUUGAACUUCGUGCACAUGAUCGUGGCGAAUCAUCGGAGGAAGCGAAAUUGCGGUACUACGGCAUCAGCUACGGGUCGAUCCUUGGCUCAACCUUUGCAGCCCUCUAUCCUGACCGAGUCGGACGUAUGAUCAUCGAUGGCGUCCUUGACAUGGAAGAUUACUAUGAUGGUGGCUGGGAGGCUGCCAUUGAUGACAGCGAUAAAGCGGCAAGCUACUUCUUCAAGCACUGCUUUGAAGCCGGCCCAGCGCUAUGCAUGUUCCACCAGAAUGCUACAUCUUGGCAGGAACUUGAGCAACGCUAUCAGGCCCUCCUGACUGACCUCAUGGCUUCACCUGUUGGUCUCGGCGACGCAACUUCGAACACUUCGAUCAUUCUCGCAAAAACUCAGGGCAUACUACUUUCGCCUUACGUGCUCAUCUGGACCGAUAUCAUCAGCCAGAUGUUCGCAUCCACGUACCUGAUCAGCCCGCUCCACGUUUACGUCAUGGAUCUCAUCCUCGUUGCGCUACAAACACAGGAUGUGGAGUUGCUCUCUGUGAUCUCGGAGAAAAGUCAGUUCAGUACCUUCCGACCCUUAUACGACGACCGCAUGGCACGAACUCUGAUCUCCUGUGUGGAUACCAAUGGCCGUUCGAGCAGAUUUGCGGACUUUCAGACCUACAAGAAAUUUGUUAACUACAUGUACAAAGAAAGCCGAUCUGGUGGUUUAAGUGUGGCCGCCAUCAGCGGACCGAUAUGCAGCAAGCUGAAUGUGCGUCCACCUACUAGUCAGACGUUCGACGGCAUCCCUCGGGUCCGCAACACGAGCUCUCCUAUACUCUUCAUAAGCUCUAUUGCCGAUCCAAUCACCCCUCUUUCGUCGGCGAAGAAGAUGCGUGGGUUGUUCCCUGGCUCAGGGCUUUUGGUCUUUAAUAACAGCGGUGUGAGUCCUUCCUUGAUAACAUCUUAA